UUACAAGUUACAAGGCGCCACGCCAACAGUUCCAACAGUUUCUAAAUCAUCUUCCCAAUUUUAAUUUUCUCCGAUCACUACCGACCUAUUCGGCUAUUCCCCUUCCAUAACAGUCGUCGUCUCGGCGGCGGCCAUGUCCACUGCACCCGAAACCCUAACCCUAGACUCCACAUCCAUCUACACUGCCGCUCUCAACUCCAUUUCCUCCCAAAUUCCACCGCCCUCUCUUCCCCUCCCUAGUCUACCUUCAACUAUCCCCCAACCCAAACUUAUUCCCAAAACUCGCUUCAUUAUCGAUGGCUUCAAACACGCCGGCGACUUCUCAAUCUCCUACUUCCUCUCUCAUUUCCACUCCGACCACUAUACUGGCCUUUCUCCCAAUUGGACCAGAGGUGUUAUAUAUUGCUCGUCAAUCACUGCUCGCCUCCUUGUCGAAGUCCUUCAAGUCCCGGCACCCUUUGUGGUGUCUUUACCCCUAUCAAAGCAGGUAUUAAUAGACGGCUGUGAGGUAUUUCUGGUUGAUGCUAAUCAUUGCCCUGGCGCAGUUCAGUUCCUAUUUAAAAUUCCGGUUCAUAGUUGUAAUGGUAAGUUUGAGCGAUAUGUUCAUACUGGCGAUUUUCGGUACUGCAAUUCGAUGAAGUUAGAUCAUAUACUAAAUGCAUUUGUUGGUGCUGAUGCUGUCUUUCUGGAUACUACUUAUUGUAAUCCGAAGUAUGUGUUUCCCAGUCAAGAUGAGGCUAUUGAUUACAUUGUUGGUGUUAUAGAGUCGAGUGGAGUUGAGAAUGAGGGCUCAUUGAAGAGUGUCCUGUUUCUUGUUGCUACUUAUGUUAUCGGGAAAGAGAAGAUUUUGAUGGAAAUUGCACGGAGAUGUCAGAGGAAGAUCCAUGUGGAAAAUAGAAAAAUGUUAGUUCUGAGAGUCUUGGGGCAUGAGGAUGGAGUUUUUACUGAAGAUGAAUCUGAAACUGAUAUUCAUGUAGUUGGAUGGAAUGUCUUGGGUGAGACCUGGCCCUUUUUUAGGCCUAAUUUUGUGAGAAUACAAGAGAUUAUGACUGAGAAAGGGUAUUCUAAAGUUGUGGGCUUUGUUCCUACUGGUUGGAGUUAUGAGGUAAAGCGGAAUAAGUUUCCAGUGAGGAAGAAAGAUUCCUUUGAAAUUCAUCUUGUGCCAUAUAGCGAGCAUUCAAACUAUGAUGAGCUUAGGGAAUAUGUGAAAUUUUUGAAACCUAAGUGUGUUAUUCCUACAGUUGGUAUAGAUGUUGAGAAGCUUGAUAGCAAGCAUGCUAAUGCCAUGCGUAAGCAUUUUGCUGGCUUGGUUGAUGAAAUGGCUAUUAAGCAAGAUUUUCUAAUGGGAUUUCAUCGUGUGAUCCAAGGAGUGGAUGAAAAUAUUGUCAAAAAACCUGCUUGUGACAUAGGGAUAUCACAGAUACAGAAUGAGCCCGUUUUAUCAGAUCUCAGAGGCAGUAAAGAUGGUAAUUUGGAGAAUAUUGAGGAGUCAUCUCCUCAAAAUGAAUCCAAGUUACAAGGCUUAGAAGACAUUGAUGAAGAUGCCAUGGAGGAAUCUAUAAAAGAACUUCAAGACUUCUUGCCCUCUUGGGUCAUUCGAUCACAGAUGAUGGAUUUACUUAGGAUUUCAGAAAGAAAUCUUGUUGAUGCUGUUUCUCAUUUUUAUGAGCAUGAAACUGAGUUUCAUGAACAAGUAGUAACCAGCGAAUCUUGUGCAUCUAUAUCCCAGGAAAUCCGUAAGAAUGAGUUUUCAUUGCCUUUUAAAUUAACUCAGAGUGAAUCCUCUUUUUCAGAGCCAUGGCCUCUUAAGAGCCUCAAAAGAAAUGACAUUGUUUCUUUAAGUAAAAGUCCUAGUCAGAACUAUAAAUCUUCUAGUAGGAAGAAGUCAGUUACUAUUGGUAUUUCUCCGAGUAAAAAGAAGAGAAAUACUGAAACUAAAUCUUCUAAAAGAGCAAAACUGAAUUCUAAGAUGGAUUCUAGUGGAUCAAAGCAAUGUACUAUAACAAAGUUCUUUAGUAAAACAGUGCCUCCUGACUCCAAAAGUGAAAAUGAUGGAGCUGCAAUUGAGUAUUGCCAUAGUGAUAAAAAUGCAGCACUGAGUGCCACCAUUACUGAGCCAUAUAAAGAUGAGAUUGAUGAAUUUAUUCGAAUUGUUAAUGGUAAUGAAUCAUUACAAAGCCAUGCUGCUUCUAUAAUUCAGAAGACUAAAGGUGACAUCAAUAGGGCAUUGGAUAUAUAUUAUAACCAUGCCAAUGAAGCAACAGAAGUGAAACAAGAUAUCCAGGAUGAUAGCAGUAAGGGGGUCAAAUCUCAAUGUGUUCAAAAGGUGCUUUCUUCUCAAGAUUCUAAGCCAUCUAAAAAAUGGGGAGCUGAGGUUCAUAUGGUUCUGAAUGGACCAUCAAUGGAGAACGUUGCUGAAAAAAAUGUAUCGCUUCCACCAGAAAAAUAUUCACCUCUGGAACAUGCUUGCUGGAGGAGUGGACAGCAUGCUCCAUACCUACAUCUUGCACGAACUUUUGAACUGGUUGAGGAAGAAAAGGGAAAGGUAAAAGCUACGUCAAUGUUGUGCAACAUGUUUAGGAGCUUGCUAGCUUUGUCUCCAGAGGAUGUGUUACCUGCCAUGUAUUUGUGCACAAACAAGAUAGCUCCUGACCAUGAAAAUAUUGAAUUGAAUAUUGGUGGUAGUAUUGUUAUAGCAGCACUGGAAGAGGCAUGUGGGGCAAAAAAAGCCAAAAUACAAGAUUUGUAUAAAAAUCUUGGUGAUCUUGGUGAUGUUGCUCAAGUUUGCCGGCAAACACAAUCUUUACUAGCUCCACCUGCUACGCUAACAAUUCAAAGUGUAUUUUCCACACUCAAACAGAUAAGUGUUCAAACAGGUAGUGGGAGUACUAUCCGGAAGAAAAGCCUUGUUUUGAGUCUCUUGCGUUCAUGUAGAGAGAAGGAAAUGAAGUUUAUUGUCAGAACUUUGGUUAGAAAUUUGCGCAUUGGAGCCAUGAUGAGAACUAUUCUGCCUGCAUUUGCUCAAGCAAUUGCAAUCCAUUCUAGUUCUAGUAAAGACCUUGUUGGCAAUAUGAAAGAACAUUUACAGCGCCUUUCAACAGAAGUAGUUGAAGCAUAUAACAUUCUUCCCAGUUUGGAUCUGCUUGUUCCUUCUUUAAUGGAAAAAGGGACUGAAUUUUCUUCAAUGAUCUUGUCUAUGGUUCCAGGCAUCCCAAUCAAGCCAAUGCUUGCAAAAAUUACUAAUGGAGCCUCUCAAGUACUGAACGGUUUUCAAAACAAAGCCUUUACAUGUGAAUACAAGUAUGAUGGCCAGCGAGCCCAGAUUCACAGAUUAGCUGAUGGCUCUGUGCGCAUUUUCUCAAGGAAUGGGGAUGAAACAACAAGAAGAUUCCCUGAUGUAGUUGAUAUAAUUAAAGAAUCAUGCAAUCUUACUGGACAAACUUUCAUACUAGAUGCUGAGGUGGUUGCAAUAAAUAGGAAAAAUGAUUCAAAACUCAUGUCAUUCCAAGAAUUAUCUUCCCGAGAAAGAGGGAGUAAAGAUUCCUUGAUCACAUUAGAUAAAAUAAAGGUUGAUAUAUGCAUUUUUGUCUUUGAUAUCAUGUUUGCCAAUGGAGCGCAGUUGUUGAAUCUUCCACUGCGGCAAAGACGAAAAUAUUUGAAGGAUUUGUUUGGUGAGGGUAAAGGAGGAUACUUGGAGUAUGCAAGAGAAAUGACAGUAGAAGUAGAUGAUUCUUCUACAGAUAAUGAAGCUACAUUAACAAGGAUUAACUGCUUUGUCAAUGAUGCAUUACAAUCUUCAUGUGAAGGAAUUAUGGUUAAAUCUCUGGAUGUAGAUGCUGGGUAUACACCAUCAAAGCGCUCUGAUGCAUGGCUGAAGGUUAAGAAAGAUUAUAUGGAAGGAUUAAGUGACUCCCUCGACUUGGUGCCCAUUGGUGCUUGGUACGGGAACGGAAGGAAAGCAGGAUGGUAUAGUCCUUUCCUUAUGGCUUGUUAUAACCCUGACACUGAAGAAUAUCAGAGCGUCUGCCGUGUCAUGUCUGGGUUCUCAGAUGCGUUCUAUAAAGAGAUGAAAGACUUCUUCUCUGGGGAUAAGAUUUUGGGGCAAAAACCGCCAUACUAUCAAACUGCUGAAGUCCCUGAUGUGUGGUUUUCUCCCGAACUAGUUUGGGAGAUACGGGGUGCUGAGUUCACAGUAUCACCAGUUCAUCAUGCAGCCAUGGGUUUAGUUCAUCCAUCUCGGGGUAUUUCUGUCAGAUUUCCAAGGUUCAUUCACUCCGUUGCUGAUAGAAAUCCCGAGGAAUGUAGCAUAGCUGCAGAUAUUGCUGAAAUGUUUAGCUCUCAGACUCGAAAAAUGGAUGUCAGCAAUGAACCUAAAUAAUGAUUUUGGGGGUUGUGUAUAUAGAGCUAGUAGCUUGUUAUCUGUGGAAAGGAAUGCUGUGUAUAGUUUGUAACUCACUGGUGGAAAUUCAAUUUUGCAAUAGAUGGUGGAUGAAGUGAUCCCUUGCUUGAUUAGUUUGUGCUUCAAAGUUCAUUACUAAUUUUGAGAUCUUCCCUACUCCUUAGUAUAGGAGUAGGGCCUUUUGUGUAUUAAUACUCGGAAAGUUAUAGGUACUCUCAAAUUUACUCUCAA